AUGGAUCCGGCAAAGCCCACUGAGCUGCCCGAGCGGCCUAAGGAGGCCGCCCCCGCAGAUGCUGCCGCCGCCGAAGCAGGUCCGUCCAAGAAGGCUCUGAAGAAACUCCAGAAGGAGAAAGAGAAGGCCGAGAAGAGGGCCCGAGAAGGGCCUAAGGUCAAGGCCCCCAAGGAGAAGGCCCCUAAAGCUUCCAAUGAGCCCCCUGCGCCCCGUGACCCCGACGCCAUGUUCAAGGUCGGCUUCCUGAACGACGUUUACCAGGAGAGACCCAUCUCCGAGGCCCAUCCCAAGAUCCGCACCCGUUUCCCGCCCGAGCCCAACGGUUUUCUUCACAUCGGACACAGCAAGGCCAUUGCUGUUAACUUUGGCUUCGCACGCUACCACGGAGGCGAGUGUAUCCUCCGUUUCGACGACACGAACCCCGCCGGCGAGGAGGAGCGAUACUAUAACGCCAUUCGCGACAUUGUGGCCUGGCUCGGCUUCAAGCCCGUGCGGGAGACAAAUGCCAGUGACAACUUUGAGCGUCUCUAUGAACUCGCCGAGGAGCUUAUCAAGCGCGAUGGUGCUUAUGUCUGUCACUGCACCAAGGCCGAGGUCAAGGCUCAGCGUGGUGAGGGGGAGGGUGGCCAGCGUGGCGGUCAGCGCUUUGCUUGCAGCCACCGCACGCGACCCAUUGAGGAGUCUCUCACGGAGUUCCGCGCUAUGCGUGAUGGCAAGUACAAAGCCGGAGAGGCUGCUCUGCGCAUGAAACAGGACCUGGAGGACCCCAACCCCCAGAUGUGGGAUUUGUUCGCAUGGCGCAUCCCGGAGAGCGACAAGGAGCAUCACCAUGCCAAGGGCCUAAAAUGCUUCCCAACUUACGAUUUCGCGCAUUGCUUGUGUGAUAGCAUCGAGGGGAUCACUCACUCGCUUUGCACAACUGAGUUUGAGCUCUCGCGUGUCUCUUACGAAUGGCUUAACGACAAGCUUGACGUCUACCGUCCUAUGCAGCGUGAAUACGGCCGUCUCAACAUCACCGGAACCGUUCUCUCCAAGCGCAAGAUCAUCCAAUUGGUUAAGGAGGGCCAUGUCCGUGACUGGGACGAUCCUCGCCUGUAUACCCUCAUCGCCCUGCGUCGCCGUGGUGUUCCCCCAGGUGCCAUCCUCUCCUUCGUCAAUGAGCUCGGAGUCACCAAGGCCGUGACAAACGUGCAGAUGCACAGAUUCGAUCAGAGCGUCCGCCAGUACUUGGAAACCACCGUUCCUCGCCUGAUGGUCGUCCUCGAGCCUCUCAAGGUAGUCAUCGACGACCUGGCCGAUGACCACUUGGAAAUGUGCGACGUGCCCUUCUCCAAGGACCCAGCCUUCGGAACCCACAACGUACCCUUCACCAAGACCGUCUACAUCGAGCGAUCCGACUUCCGCGAAGUCGACUCCGCCGACUACUUCCGCCUCGCCCCCGGCAAAACCGUCGGCCUCCUGAAGGCCCCCUACCCCAUCACCGCCACAACCUUCGAAAAAGACUCCAACGGCGUCGUCACCGUCGUGCACGCCAAAUACGAAAAGCCCGCUGAAGGCCAAGCCGCUGUCCGGCCCAAGACCUUCAUCCACUGGGUCGCCGAGUCCCCUGCGCACAACAGCCCCAUCCGUGCCGAGGUCCGCGCCUUUAGCCCGCUCUUCAAGUCCGAGGAUCCCUCCGCGCACCCGGACGGGUUCCUCGCUGACAUCGAUCCCGAGUCCGAGCAAAUCUACCACGGUGCUAUGAUUGAGACUGGCUUUAAAGAUAUUAGCAAGUCCGCGCCGUGGCCGAAGGCUGCUGCCGAGGGCGAUGUGAAGAACAACAAGCACUCCAUUCGCUUCCAGGGUAUGCGGUCUGCGUACUUUGCGGUCGAUAGGGAGUCGUCGGAUGAUCUUUCAAAGGUCAUCCUUAACCGCAUUGUUACUCUUAAGGAUACUCAGGGUAAGAACUAA